CGGGGACAACAUACGUCAUCGAGACGUGAUAACAGUGAUACCGAUCAGCAGCUCUAUAUCGGAAUUUGGGCGCUUUAGAAAAACUGGGGGGAAAAGAAACACUUUCAUUCUGCAGUUGAAGCAAUUCGCUGUUUUCUGCCGUUGGAAAGCGAGAAGACUUUACGCCAGGGCGCGAAAUAAUGGCGGUUUUGGGAGGCGCGUGCCGGCUCAUGCAGCUGGUCAGGUUGAGUCCGCCGGUGAGUGUGUGCACGAGUGUGUUUCUCAGACAGCAGUCGACGGCCGCAGCAGCUGUGUUGGCCAGCUCCACCGCUCCAGAGACUCAGGAGAACAGAAAACCCAAGACAGGGAUUCUGAUGCUGAACAUGGGCGGCCCGGAGAAACUGGAAGACGUGCAUGACUUCCUGUUACGGCUCUUCAUGGACACAGACCUCAUGCAGCUUCCUGUGCAGAAUAAACUCGGUCCUUUCAUUGCCAAAAGAAGAACCCCAAAGAUCCAAGAGCAGUACAGCAAGAUUGGAGGAGGAUCCCCGAUCAAAGCCUGGACCACCAUGCAGGGAGAAGGCAUGGUCAAACUGCUGGACGAGAUGUGUCCGGAGACGGCUCCUCACAAGUUUUACAUCGGGUUCCGGUACGUUCCUCCUCUGACGGAGGAGGCCAUCGAGCAGAUGGAGAAGGACGGAGUGGAGCGAGCCGUGGCCUUCACACAGUACCCACAAUACAGCUGCUCCACCACAGGCAGCAGUCUGAACGCCAUCUACAGAUACUACAGCAGUCGCAGCGACAGACCCAAGAUGCGCUGGAGUGUGAUUGACAGGUGGCCGACACACCCUCUGCUGAUCGAGUGUUUUGCUGAUCAUGUUCGUAACGAGCUGGAGAAGUUUCCUGUGGAGAAGAGAGACGACGUGGUGAUCCUGUUCUCCGCUCACUCUCUGCCGCUGUCUGUUGUGAACCGGGGCGAUCCGUACCCACAGGAAGUUGGCGCGACGGUUCAGAGGGUGAUGGACCGAUUAGGACACUGUAACCCAUACAGACUCGUCUGGCAGUCAAAGGUGGGGCCGAUGGCGUGGCUGGGGCCGCAGACUGAUGAGGUCAUCAAGGGCCUCUGUCAGCGCGGGAAGAAGAACCUGCUGCUGGUACCCAUCGCUUUCACCAGCGACCACAUCGAGACGCUGCACGAGCUGGACAUCGAGUACUCGCAGAUCCUCGGGGAAGAGUGCGGCGUGGAGAACAUCAGACGAGCCGAAUCUCUGAACGGAAACCCGCUCUUCUUCAGGGCGCUGGCGGAUCUGGUUCAGUCCCAUCUGAAGUCCAACGAGCCGUGUUCCCGUCAGCUCACCCUCCGCUGUCCGCUCUGUGUCAACCCCACCUGCGCUCAGACCAAGGCCUUCUUCUCCAGCCAGAAACCCUGACCUCUGACCUCUCAGCAGCGCUGGAGGUUAGCUUGAACCCGUGCGGCUCGGAGGGGGAUUUCAGACGGAGACCAGUCAGAAGUGCCGCCCUUGUUUAAAAAAACAAAUGCACUUUUACCCCCGCUCUCAUUCCAACAUUAUACAUCCGCAUCCUCUCUGCCUUUUACUUUCCCUCUUGGUCUUUCUGUCCAGAUUUGUUUUUUUUGCAUGUGUUUGAGAACGCUUGUGUCUUCCCUUAAAAAAAAAAAAAAAAGCAAUUCAGUCCUAAAAAAAUGCAAACCCAGUCAGCGUGGAACAAAUGACAGAUUCAUCAAAUAAACAUGGUGCUAAAGUUGUGUGCAUCUGUGCAUCAGAUGGGCUUUAAAGAAACCGCUCACAUUUGCUCUCAAACCUCUCUGACUUUAUUUCUUCUGUGGAAAUGUGUUGAAAAGCUUAAAAGAUUUGGUCUUUAGAGGCUUUUGCAUAUUAAACACAAGGGUUCAACAUCAUCUUUGAUGCUCCACAGAAGAAUGAAAGUCACACAGGUUUGAUGACAGAUGACCUCUGACCCCUGCUGUUCCCCGCUCAUGUGCCUCUACGCUUCGAUUCGUCUCUCUGCUCAGAGCCUUCGAUCUCUCGUGCCUUCGGUCUGUGAUGUGUGUGUGUGUGUGUGUGUGUGUGAUUAGCUUCUCUUGCCAAGGAGUCACAUGAUCUAGAAAUGCUUUUGUGUCUUCCAUUUCCUGUACGAGAGCCCUUGUGUUUUUGUCAUUUCCUGUUGUUUCUCUCUCUCUCUCUGUCACAGGUCUGUUCUUUUGAGGUGAAUCAAAAAAAAA